UGGCCUUUGUGCCCCCCCUGCCGCUGCCUCUUUCCCUCGCAGCCGCAUUCUGGUUGCCUGGCAACGGUUGCUGGGCUGCCCAGGCCCUCCUCGGGGCCCCUCCCUGGCUUCUCUCCCCAUCCAGAGCCCCAGAGGAAGACUCGGACUCUCCAGGCCUCCACCGAUGGCCACCCUACUAGCUGCCACCCGGAUCUCCCGGCCUCUGGCCCAGCUGGCCCUGAAAGCCCCACACCUCAAGGAUGCGGCCACCAGCCUCCGGCCCUUCUCGGUCUCCACCCUCCGGGGGCAGCAGCAGCAGCAGUCCGCGAACACGGAAGUCGACGAGAUCGGCGAGCGGCCCGUCCUCAUCACAGGCUGCGACUCGGGCUUUGGCUUCGCCCUGGCCAAGCACCUGCACGAGAAGGGCUUCAUCAUCUAUGCCGGCUGCCUGCUGAAGGAACAAGGGCGCGGCGGCUCCAAGGACCUGGAUAACAUGAAGAGUGACCGGAUGAGAACCGUGCAACUCAACGUCUGUGACAGUGAAGAUGUGGCACGUGCCGUGGACUACAUGACAGGAACCCUGAAGGACCCACAGACAGGGCUCUGGGGCCUGGUCAACAAUGCCGGGGUCUCCACCUUUGGGGAGGUUGAGUUCACCAGCAUGGACACCUACAAGGAAGUGGCAGAAGUGAACCUGUGGGGCACGAUCCGCACCACCAAGGCCUUCCUGCCUCUCAUCCGCCGAGCCAAAGGCCGGGUUGUGAACAUCAGCAGCAUGAUGGGGCGCAUGGCCAACCCGGCCCGCUCGCCCUACUGCAUCACCAAGUUUGGGGUGGAGGCGUUCUCGGACUGCCUGCGCUACGAGAUGCGCCCGCACGACGUGAAGGUCUGCAUCGUGGAGCCCGGGAACUUCAUUGCCGGCACCAGCCUGUACAGCCCCGAGCGCAUUAAAGCCAUUGCCGACAAGAUGUGGGACGAGUUGCCCGAGAUCGUGCGCCGGGACUACGGGCGGAAGUACUUUGACGAGCAGAUUGCCAAGAUGAAGUCGUACUGCAACAGCGGCUCCUCGGACACCUCCCCCGUCAUUGACAGCAUCACCCACGCCCUGACCUCCACCUCCCCCUACACCCGCUACCACCCCAUGGAUUACUACUGGUGGCUGCGCAUGCAGGUCAUGACCCACAUGCCUGCCGCCAUCUCGGACCGCCUCUACAUCUACUGAGGGGCGGCGGCAGCGGGAAGGGCGAGGCACUUGGCAGAGGACUCCGCGGUAGCCCCGGGUUAGUUGGUUUCCGAGUACUGUAUUUUAGGCCCACAAGGUGGCGUUAACUUAAACCCUUUGAGCAGAACUUACUCCUUGCAUGGUGUGUGUCGUAAGCAGGAAUCUGGUCUGUGUUUCAGAGGGACCCAGCUCAGCGCUAUUUAUUCCAGCUCUUCCCCUUUUCUCCUCCUCAAGUUGAGCUUGCAUUCGCAGUUGCUGGGGAGCAUUCGAGCUUCUGGACUCCUGCUGUCUCUGGCAGGUCUUCCCUGGGAGGCAGACUCCGGCACAAAGCCCCCCGCCCCGCCCCCUGCAGCUGCCGACCGGCCCAGAGGGCUGCUGGUGGGCUUUGGGCUCAGACCCCCAAGCCGCCCCCUGCCCCCCGGAUGGCCUGGGGCUGCUCCAUUUAGCUGUUGGGAGGGAGGGAGGGAGCCGAGCAAGCCCUGCCCCUCCGUGGGCGCCUCCGCUGCGCCUGCUUCUUCCACGCGCCUGUCGGAGGGUUCUGUGGGCCAGGCCCCUCCGCCCCCUUGAGGACCGAUGACUCCCCAGCGGGGGGGGGGGGGGUGUCUCACCCUGACCGCUGUCCUUGGCCCCUGGAGGGUGUGUGCAGGCCCCCUGUGCCAGGCCUGCUGGGAACUUGGCCCUCGGAGGAGGCAGGAGGCUUCCGGGAAGGAAUGUCUGUUCCUGGGGGGGUGGGACUGCCUCCCUCCCCCCUCCCCCUCCCUCCCUCCCUCCCUCCCUCAUGCAGGGCCUCCCCUCGAGCAGCCCUCUCCCCACCGCCACCCCCCACGCUGAACGCACACCAGAGGUGGGGCCAGCAGGGCCGAGUUGCCCUCCGAUCUGGCCAGCGCGGCCCUUGGGGGGCGGAGGGAGGAAGCAGACCCCGCAAGGAGGGCCUGGCCCUGGGUCCAGUCUCGGCUGUCUGUGCGCACGUCGGAGCACAACUCCUCCGGGAGAGAGAUUGGGGGGAAGAGGCGACCAAAGCAGUCACUGGAAGCCGAUGGAAAGCUUGCUGCAAGUGCGGGGGGGGGGGGCACCACACUCCUGCCCCACGCAGGGAAGUCUGAUCAAAUCCCUCCUGCCUUGAUUAACAUUAAACGACAGUGACAAAGCU